AAAUUAUGCAAAUCUAUAAUUAAAAAUGUAGGAUUCAUUUUAUGUCGAUUAUUCAACAUCAGAAACUAAGCCAUAAAAAAUAUAAAAACAACUUAAAAAUCCAAGUGAAGCUAAAAAUAUACCAAAAAAUGUAGGUGGUCUUCUGAAAAAUCAUUUUGGUAAUAUUUUUAUCUAAUAAUGCUAUAGUUAACAGAUGUUAUCCAUAAGUAAAAGAUAAUAAAGUUAUAAAGAAUUUCAUUUAGUUGUAAUAAAAGAAAAAAAAUUACACAAGGGAGGACAUUAAAAAGGUUUUGGAAAAUGAUGAAGCUGCCUUAAUUGCUAAAAAAUACUUUUCAAGCUUCGAUAUAAUUGAAGACAUACUUCAUUCUGAAAAAGUACCAGAAAUAACAACUUUGUUAAAAUACAUUCGAAAAUUUUUUAUUGCUUCAUACUACCCAGAGACUCUCUCAACAUUAAAAUUAAAUCAACAUAAUGAUCUUUUUUGAUUUUUUAUUUCACUUUUUAUAUUUUGCCUCCAUA